AUGAUUUAUAAACUCCCAAGUGUUAUGUUCAGUGUUGCUCAAGUUUUAGUGGCAUUUGUACCCACCCUUGUUGAAUUAGUAGCUGCUCAUUUACUAGCAAUUGAAAGAAUCAAGUACCCUUUGUCAGAAUUUACAUGGGGGAAAUUAGACAACCAAGUGGAAAGUGCCCAAAAGCAAAACAUGGCCUCGAUCGAUAGGCUCAGCAGCUUGUCGGACAAAGUCAUAUGCCACAUUCUCUCUUUCUUCUCGACAAAGCGCUCAAUGGCGACCAGCAUUCUCGGAAAAAGAUGGAGAUUUCUAUGGGCCAAUGUACCCUGUUUGGACUUCAGUGGAGAUGAUUUCAAAGAAGAAGGGACACAAGCCUCAGACACCAUCCACAAGGUUAUAUUGCGGCACAAUGCAAAAAGAAUUGAUACUUUAACACUCUAUCACCUCAACUACAACGAUUAUCAUCUGGAGACAUGGAUUACGACUGCAAUCAUCCGUGGCAUCCAGAAUAUUUAUCUUGCACUUAAUUUUGAUACAAUCCCUUCAUCUCUCUUCAUCAGCAGAACCAAUGUCGACUUGAAGCUUGAUUUCUAUGGAGCGUCACUCUCUGAUGUGGGCAAUAUCUCAUUGCCUAGCCUCAAUAAGUUUCAUGUUUCUAGUGUUGUUUGCGAGAAUGAUGAAUCCCUCCCUCACUUUGUUUCCGGCUGUCCGUCCCUUGAAGAGUUGAAUAUGGCAUUCACAUCUGUGGAAGAAAAUGAUUAUGCGGGCUGCAUAAAUAUAUCAUCACCCACAAUAAAGACGCUUGAGCUCGAUCUUCACGAUUUCACUUGUCCAUCUUACCUUAAAUAUAGAAUGAUAAUAAAUGCCCCGGCCCUUAGGUAUCUCCAUGUGGAUGGCUAUGACUCGGAGUGUAUAACAGUUCCUAUAACCAUGGUCUCCUUAGUUGAGGCGGAUAUCUGCUUACAAAGUUACAAAGUUACAAUUUCGGAUAGGGAGCAAAACAUGGCCUCGAUCGAUAUGCUGAGUAGCUUGCCGGAUGAAGUCAUAUGCCACAUUCUCUCUUUCCUCCCGACUAAGCGCUCAGUUUCUACCAGCGUUCUCGGAAAAAGAUGGAGGUUUCUAUGGGCCAUGUACCCUGAAAAAAGGAACAAAAUACUCAGACGAUUUCUGGGAAGAAGAAACACAAGACUCGGACGAUGUCUCGAAAGAAGAAACACAAGACCCGGGCGAUUUCUCGGAAGAAGAAACACAAGACAAACACAAGACUCGGACAAUUUCUCGGAAGAAGAAACACAAGACUUGGACGAUUUCUCGGAAGAAGAAACACAAGAUUCAGAAGAAGAAGGAAUACAAGCCUCGGACAUCAUCCACAUGGUUAUAUUGCGGCACAAGACAAAAAGAAUGGAUACUUUAACACUCCGUGACCUCAACUGCAACGAGUAUCAACUGGAGACGUUGAUUACAGCUGUCAUUGACCGUGGUAUCCGGAAUCUUUAUCUUGACCUUGACUCGUAUAAAUUCCCUCGGUACAUUUUCAACUGCAAAACCAUUGUCGACUUGGAACUUUAUUUCUGUAGAGCGUCACUGUCUGCUGUGGAGAAUGUCUCAUUGCCUAGCCUCAAGAAGUUUCAUGUUUCUAAUGUUGUGUGCGAGAAUGAUGAAGCCCUCCCUCACUUUCUUUCUGGCUAUCCAUCGCUCGAGGUGUUGAAUAUGGCAGUCAUAUAUGAGGAUUAUGAUUAUGUGGGCUGCAUAAAUAUAUCAUCACCCACAAUAAAGAUGCUUAAGCUCUAUCUUCACGAUUUGACCUCUCCAUCUAACCUUGAAUAUAGGUUGAUAAUAAAUGCCCCGGCCCUUAGGUAUCUCCAAGUGUAUGGCUAUGACUUGCAGUGUAUAACAGUUCCUAUAACCAUGAUCUCCUUAGUUGAGGCAAAUAUCAACUUACUAAAUUAUUGCUUGUCAAAACACAAAACGAAUUACAAUUCCAUGGCGGUGAAGUUUCUUCAUUCUCUGUCUUAUGUAAAGUGCCUAAAGAUAUCAUGUUGGGAAUUUGUGGAGCGCAUGUCAGCUUGCCUUCCUUCCGGAUUGCUGAGCGAUUGGCCUGAGGAAACCAGACAACAACCAAGUGGAAAGCGCCGAAAGCUUUUGGAUGGAGAGCAAAACAUGGCUUCGAUCGAUAGGCUGAGCAGCUUGCCAGUCGACGUUGUAUGCCACAUUCUCUCUUUCCUCCCGACUAAGCAUUCAAUGGCGACAAGUGUUCUUGGAAAAAGAUGGAGGUUUCUAUGGGCCCAUGUACCCUGUUUGGGCUUCAGUGGACUAAAAUUCAGGGAAGAAACACGAGCCUCGGACAUCAUCCACAGUGUUAUAUCGCGGCACAAGGCAAAAAGAAUGGAUACUUUAAAACUCGAUUACGUCAACUGCAACGAGUAUCAACUGGAGACAUUGAUUACAACCGCCAUCGACCGUAAUAUUCGAAAUCUUUAUCUUCAACUUAAAUCCGAUGCAAUCCCCCAAUCCCUCUUCAUGAGCAAAACCAUUGUCGACUUGAAGCUUGGUUUUAGCAGAGUGUCACUCUCUGCUAUGGACAAUGUCUCUCUGCCUAGCCUCAAGAAGUUUCAUAUUUCUAAUGCUGUGUGUGAGAAUGAUGAUGCGCUUCCUCACUUUCUUUCUGGCUGCCCGUCACUCGAGGAGUUGAUUAUGGAAUUCGAAUUUGUGGAGAAAGAUGAUUAUGUGGGCUGCAUAAACAUAUCAUCACCCACGAUAAAGAUGCUUCAGCUCAUUCCUGACAUCCCUUUUGAUAGUAACGUUGAAUAUAGGGUGAUAAUAAAUUCCCCGGCCCUUAAGUAUCUCCAAGUGGAUGGCUAUGACUUUGAGUGUAUAAAAAUUCCUAUAACCAUGAACUCCUUAGUUGAGGCGGACAUCAGCUUAAAAUAUUAUUGCUUCUCAAAUCUCGAAACGAAUUGCAAUUCCACGGUGGUGGAGUUUCUUCAUUCUGUGUCUUGUGUAAAGUGCCUAAAGAUAUCACGUGGGGUAUUUGAAAAGAAACUCCUACAUAGCAACGUCCGGGUCCAACCUCUUCUGAAUAGCAGCUGCCGCCUAUGA